AUGGCCACAACUGCUGCUGCCAUCACCACACAGCACCCUGCUGUCACCCCAGAAGCAGUGCAUGAUGAGCUAGAUGUCCCUCCUGAUGUCCCUCUGGGGACCACCCCUGUCAUUGAGGAUGUCAAGGGCAUCCCUGCAAACAGAGAAGGAGACACAGACCUCAGUACUGGCACUACCUCCCUCCCCACCACCUCUCCACUGGCAGUCACCUGGGUGCCAGAGCCAGCUGCUGGUGUCACUGUGCUGCUGAGCCAAGGGCUGACCACAGGCCAGGAAGCAGUUGAGGAAGGAGUAAUCCUGCCUGAAGCUAUUCAAGGUGAAGCCAGUGCCAACUCCUCAGGCUCCAGUCCUGAUGCCAGGGAGCUGCUUCCAGCCCAGCAGGAUGGAGCAGUGGGCGGGGUUGAGGGCAUUAACCCAGAGCCAGCAGGAGAAAUGGCCCCAGCUGUUCCAGCUGUGCCCCUCUAUGGGUAUGGAGCAAGGGAAAAUGAUCAGGAGUACGUGGAAAGGAAAGUGGAUUUUAAUUCUCCACUUUUCAAACCUGAGACUGGAUUCCCAUUUGGGAAAACCCUGCGCAGCUCUCUCUACUUUACAGACAAUGGACAGAUCAUUUUCCCCGCCUCAGACAACAAUGUCUUCACAUACCCCAACCCUCCUCCCAGUGGCUUCAAUGGCCAUGAAGAGGUCCCCAUGAUCGCUGUAUUUUGGGACAACGCUGACUUCUCCAGAGGUGUUGGCACCACCUUUUACCAGGAGUUCUCCACCCUCAACAGGGCCAAGCCGCCGUUCGUCCGUGACGUGGAAGCGAAGGUCCGGCGGUACCUGAGGUCCUCCUACUCUGCAGCCUGGACCCUGAAGAUCACCUGGGAGAAGGCACCUGUCUACGCAGCAUGGACUGACACCCGCAAGACAGUCACAUACCAGGCUGUCCUGACCACUGAUGGCUUCAGGUCCUACAUCCUGAUGCUGUACCAGGAUGGAGGCAUGCAGUGGGAUUACACCAGGCUCACUUCCACCGAUGUGCUCAUCGGCUACACCAGUGGGGAUGGCUUUUACUACAACGAUGACCUGACUAAGAGACCUCCAGCUGCUAAAUAUCGCCCUGACCAGUUCAGGGGCUACAACACAGACCUCCGUGGGCUGUGGAUCUACAAGCUGGAGAGCCGUGUGGGCAACAACUACCGGCUGAAGUGCCUGGCGUGGACAGGGCAGCAGCAGGAACCCAGGGCAUGGAGCCAGGGCCUGCCCACCUGCCCCUGCUCCCUGCAGCAAGGGCAGCAGGACCCACGCUUCAAGAGCAGCCGUGGAGGCAGGUGGGGUGCCCAUGUCUCCAUGCUGCACUCAGCCUCCCCCAACCAGCACGGUGCCGGCAUUCGCUGCCUGUAUGACAGCCAGGACCAGCUCAUCGAGGGGCGGCAGGAGAGGUACUGGAGGUCCUCCAGGCAGGCGUCACCCUACCGUGACCAGGAGCUGAAGCUGUACGACUGGUGCUGUAAUCGGGCGGGCAGUGCCCACCUCUGUGCCCGCUACAGUGAGAAGAGGCCGAAGAUUGGCUGUGAUGGAUACCAGUCACCCAGCACGGAUUCCUCGGAGGAGGCAGAGAAUGACUCAGAUGAGCAGAUAGAUGGAGAGGACAAGUAA